UCACGUCUACAAAAAUGAUUUCACUUCUCCAUUAUUAUAUCAUCUCCACCGCCUUAGCUGCCACGAUCAUCAAUCAAGAAAUUAAUCAGUUUACAUCCCAAUUCCAAAUCACUUGUUAUUACUUAGUUUCUUGUUAAAUCUGUCAAAAAUGGCAUCUUUUUCUGUUAAAUUUUCAGCAACUUCAUUGCCAAAUCCUAACAGAUUUUCCAGGACUGCUAAGCUUCAUGCAACACCGCCGCAGACGGUGGCAGUACCACCAUCUGGGGAGGCGGAGAUAGCUUCCGAGAGGCUAGAGCCUAGAGUAGAGGAAAAAGAUGGGUAUUGGGUACUCAAGGAAAAAUUCAGACAAGGGAUAAAUCCAGCUGAAAAGGCCAAGAUUGAGAAAGAACCAAUGAAAUUAUUUAUGGAAAAUGGUAUUGAAGAUCUUGCUAAGAUCUCACUUGAAGAGAUCGAAGGGUCUAAGCUUACUAAAGAUGAUAUUGAUGUUAGGCUCAAGUGGCUUGGCCUUUUCCAUAGGAGAAAGCAUCAUUAUGGCCGAUUCAUGAUGCGAUUGAAGCUUCCAAAUGGGGUAACAACGAGUGCCCAAACUCGAUACUUAGCCAGUGUGAUAAGGAAAUAUGGAAAAGAUGGAUGUGGUGAUGUGACUACAAGGCAAAAUUGGCAGAUUCGCGGGGUUGUACUACCUGAUGUACCCGAGAUUCUAAAGGGACUGGAUGAAGUUGGCUUGACCAGUCUGCAAAGUGGCAUGGACAACGUUCGAAAUCCGGUGGGAAAUCCUCUGGCGGGGAUUGAUCCACAUGAAAUUGUAGACACAAGGCCUUACACUAAUUUGCUCUCCCAAUAUGUUACUGCCAAUUUUCGUGGCAAUCCGGCUGUUACUAACUUGCCAAGGAAGUGGAAUGUAUGUGUAAUAGGGUCACAUGAUCUUUAUGAGCAUCCCCAUAUCAAUGAUCUUGCCUAUAUGCCGGCAUCAAAAGAUGGACGAUUUGGAUUCAACCUGCUUGUGGGUGGAUUCUUCAGUCCGAAGCGAUGUGCAGAGGCAGUUCCUCUAGAUGCAUGGGUUCCAGCUGAUGACGUGGUCCCUGUUUGCAAAGCAAUAUUAGAAGCUUAUAGAGAUCUUGGUACCAGAGGGAACAGGCAAAAAACAAGAAUGAUGUGGUUAGUUGAUGAACUGGGCGUUGAAGGAUUCAGGGCAGAGGUCGUAAAGAGAAUGCCUCAACAAAAGCUAGAUAGAGAAUCAACAGAGGACUUGGUUCAAAAACAAUGGGAAAGGAGAGAAUACCUUGGCGUGCAUCCGCAGAAACAGGAAGGAUACAGCUUUGUUGGCCUUCACAUUCCGGUAGGUCGUGUCCAAGCAGAUGACAUGGACGAGCUAGCUCGUUUAGCGGAUAACUAUGGUUCAGGAGAGCUCCGGUUGACUGUUGAACAGAACAUCAUUAUUCCCAACGUUGAGAACUCAAAGAUCGAGUCAUUGCUCAAUGAGCCUCUCUUAAAGAACAGAUUUUCGACCAAUCCACCUAUUCUCAUGAAAAAUCUGGUGGCUUGUACUGGUAACCAAUUUUGCGGGCAAGCCAUAAUUGAGACUAAAGCGCGUUCCAUGAAGAUAACUGAGGAGGUACAACGACUAGUUUCUGUGACAAAGCCGGUGAGGAUGCAUUGGACUGGUUGCCCGAAUUCAUGUGGACAAGUUCAAGUCGCGGAUAUUGGAUUUAUGGGAUGCUUGACAAGAAAAGAAGGGAAAACUGUAGAAGGUGCUGAUGUUUAUUUGGGAGGCAGAAUAGGGAGUGACUCACAUUUGGGAGAUGUUUAUAAGAAAUCAGUACCUUGUGAGGAUUUGGUGCCAAUAAUUGUGGACUUACUAGUUAACAACUUUGGUGCUGUUCCAAGAGAAAGAGAAGAAGCAGAAGAUUAAUCUCAAGAUUUCAUAACAGCUCGUGGAUUCGAGCAGCUUAAUUGGACAUUAAUGGAAUUUGCUCACCAUAUCAAGUUAUCUCUAAGGUUAUUUCUAAGGUACAGAAGUGGUGACACUGAUCCUGAAAACCAAGGUUUUCUUUAUUGAAAUUUAGUUGAAUAAUCAGUAUAUGCGCUGUUAUUAACAUGCUCAUGUUGUGAUAUAGCACGACAGAAAUAUUUGUACUUGUUUCAGAAUAAUCAUAUGGUGUAUACUUUUGGAAGAACUGAUUCAAACCAAAAGGCUUUUGAACCAUCUUUUCAGUUUGAUGUUCAUACAUACCAAUUAAUCAUAUUGUUAAUUAUAUUCCUAA